UAACAUUUAGCUUUUAUCAAGUAGCAUUUAGCAUUUAUCUGCUAGCAUGUAGCUUUUAUCUGUUAGCAUUUAUCCACUAGUGAUUACGGUAUCUGCUAAUGUGAUGACUUGGCGGCAAACAACAAGUUGAGUGUGAGUUUGAGGUGUGUGUGCGUGUGCGUGUGUGCGUGUGUGUUGGACCCCCCUGUCCCUGUCCCCCAUCCCACUGUGUUGCCCUCUAGUGGUUAAUAUUCCUGAAACAUGACACCCCCUCCACACACACACACACUAUAUGUGAUUGACUGCCAAAGUUAUACUUGCAUGAUGUCAUCCUUGGCGUCAUUAAUUCAUGUUUUGACCUUGUCAGGAUGUCCUCAGUGACCUUUAACCAUGUCCAGACUUGAUGAGUUGUGUUCUUCCUGUUUAUUUUUAACUUAUUUUAGUACAGUACCCCCAAGGCCAAAUAAUCCUCCUAAUCGUGCCUGAACGUUGGGAAAUAAGUGAAAAUGCGUUUCUUUAUCCAGAUUCUCACCAAAUUCACGCCCCGACUUCACACAGUUUCUUUUUGUCUUGUGUUGUGUCUUUUUCCUUAUGGUGAAAAAACAAAUGUGCUAAAUUGAAGCUGCUGACGCACACGUGACGCUUUGUAUUGAACGUCACCGCCAACAAUGAAAUCAGUGAACGUGUUCCGAUGAAACGUGACGUGUCAGCACAAUCACUUUUUGAGCUGUCAAUCAAAAUGCGUCAUCGUUUUUUUCCUCCUAAGCUGAAGAUGACACGAGAACUGAGGAAGGUUCUGGGAGGAGGUGUGUGGAUGCAGGAGGAGGUUCUGGCUGAGAGGAGGCUGGACCUUGUGGGAGCUCCACGAGGAGGAGGAGGAGGAGGAGGAUGAAGGUGUGUUCGUUGCAGAGAGAGAGAGAGUCGUCAGACAUUCAGCAUCAAUGAAGCUGGGAGGACUUUCUCCUGGGACUUCUUCUCCGGACUCUUUUCUGUGUGGACUCUAAAGGAUUGUAACUUCACGUCCGUCUUCUUCCAGGGGUUCCGCUGAGUUCUUUGGGUUUUUGGGGGUGUUCUCGUCAUGCUGGCUGCCUCCAGUCGUUCGUGCGUCCGUCCGAAGCUCGCCUCGUCUCCGCGUUGCUUGUCGGUACCAGCUGGACCCACCGUGGACGUGUUCUUCGCCCGCCGUGUGGAAUAAAGCUUCGUUUUAGUUCCGAGGUUCGCUGGGUCCGUUGUGGUGGUUCUGAGGAUGUCGCUCGGCCGUUUGGACCUGAUCUCCACCUGCAGGCUCGUCCUCUUCUCGCUGCUUCUCCUCCAGGCGGUCCGGCCCGCCGCGCCGCUCAUCACAGGUACAGAGGCCAGCUGUGAGAACGAAGGUGAGGUCCUUCACAUCCCAAACAUCACAGACAACCCCUGCAUCACCUGCGUGUGCCUGGAGGGCAAGGCCGACUGCAAGCAGGAGAAAUGUCCGCCCGUGUCAGAAGAGUGUGCUCUGGUGGUCAAACAAACCGGAGCGUGCUGCGAGAGGUGCAAAGGUUGCAUGUUGGACGGACGAGCGUACAACAGCUCCGUGUCCUGGACCAGCGCCGCCAAGCCCUGUGUGACCCGACGCUGCCAGGAAGGCGUCAUCACCGAAGCGGAAGUGCGGUGUGUGGUCCACUGCAAGAACCCAAAGAUCCAUCCGAAGAAGUGCUGCCCUACCUGCCCCGGUUGUAUCUUGGAGGGUCGCCUGUUCAAAGAGAAGGAAGAGUUCAGCCCAGAAGGCAAACCCUGCAUCAAGUGUACCUGCACUGGGGGACGGACUCUCUGCAUGAGGGAGGCGUGUCCUGUCCUUUCCUGCCCCGCCCACCUCAGCCACACCCCUCCAGGACAGUGCUGUCCCAAAUGUCUUGGUCAGAGGAAGGUGUUUGACUUAUCUCAGGGAAGUUGUCUCUUCCACAGCGAGGUCUUUGAGAACGGCACAUCCUUCCGACAUGACAACUGCACCACAUGCACAUGCAAGGACUCCACUGUGGUGUGCAGGAGGCGGUGCUCGCGCCCGGGCAGUUGCCAUGGGGACGACUGCUGUGAGGAGUGCUUGUCCUAUGUGAAGGUGGAGGACGUGAAGUACUGCAGAGUCCGCAACAAAAUCUACAGGGAAGGAGACAUGUGGUCAUCAGUCAACUGCACGUUGUGUGCAUGCGUGAAAGGAAGCGUGGAGUGUCGGCCCAAACAGUGUGUGCCCAUCACAAGCUGCCCCUCGAACAAGAUCCUGAACCGAACCGGUUGCUGCCCAGUCUGCACUGAAAAGCCAGGAGUGUGUACGGUGUUUGGCGACCCGCACUACAACACCUUUGAUGGCAGAACUUUCAACUUUCAAGGAACGUGUCAGUAUGUGUUGACUCAGGACUGCGGCGGCGUCCCCUCAGCAAGCGCCGGAAGCAACGCCAUCAUCAACAACCCUGACCCCAGCUUCACGGUGUUGGUGAAAAACGACGCUCGGCGCACUCGCUCCUUCUCCUGGACUCAGUCGGUGGAGGUGAGGCUGGGGUCUCUGGUCCUCGGCCUUCAUCAGCACCUGACGGUCCGCAAGAACGGCACCCGCAUCGCCCUCCCCUACCACGGGCCGGGGGUGCACAUCGACCUGGAUGGCUACCUCCUCAAACUCACCACCAUCGCAGGUCUGGAGAUCACAUGGGAUGGGGACAGUUUCGUGGAGGUGGUGGCCGCCCCCCACCUGCGCAGCCGCCUCUGUGGCCUGUGUGGCAACUAUAACGGCCACAAACGCGACGACACCAUGGGAGGCGACGGACACUUCAAGUUUGACGUGGACGAGUUUGCCGAGUCGUGGCGCGUGGAGGGCAACGACGUGUGCGCCCAACCCCCAGCGCAUCGCCGGCCCACGUCCUUCCUGUGCCCCGGCAGCGUCAAAGUCAAGUUCCGAGCUCACCGGGAAUGCCAGAAGAUCAAGUCGUGGGAGUUCCAGAAGUGUCACCGCGUGGUCGACUUCGGCCCGUUCUACAGGUCAUGUGUGACGGACAUGUGCGAAUGCCCGGUCCAUAAGAACUGCUACUGCGAGUCCUUCAUCGCCUACAGCCGAGCCUGCGAGCGAGAGGGCGUAUCUGUCCUCUGGAGGCCUGACGCCGCCUGUAUGGCCACACAGUGCAAACACGGCGCCGUGUACGACACCUGUGGGCCGGGCUGCACCAAAACCUGCGACAACUGGAACGAGAUCGGGCCGUGCCACAAGCCCUGCGUGGCCGGCUGCCAUUGUCCUGCUAACCUGGUGCUCUUCCAAGGACGCUGCAUCAAACCCAUUGCCUGCCCCGGGCGGUGACCCUAGUGACCCUGGUGGGAGGGCGGGGCUUGUGUGCUUGCUUGGGGGCCAAACUAUCUAAAAGAAAGCAUCUUGGACUGUGUACAGAGGAGAUGCAGCAGUACUCAGGGUCCAUGUGUUGGUGAGGAACUCAGGAGAAGACUGUGGAGCGUUGUGGUCUACAACGUCUGAGAAUAUUCAAGAACGCCAUCACGGACCUUCAGGGAACAUUUGGACUCUUUGUGAGCCAAUGUUGCGGCAUUGAGUGCCUCAUCCGAAGCUGGGCGGAGUCAAAGCGCAGAACUGGGCCGCACGGAACCGGCCCAGACAUCAUGGUUUCAUACUGUAAGCUAGCCAGAUUUAUAAGAGCUUUUAUAGAAGUAUUGUUCUGAUUAUGAUGUGUUGAUACUGUUAAUUUAUAUAGCAAACGUGGUAGCACGAGCCAGAUGGUGGACAUAAAUGAUCUAAAGGGAAACAAAGCUAUUUAUGUAUUUGUGUACUUUUGUGUUACUGUUUGAAGAGAAAUGCCCAAAUGUGACUCUGUUGUUGUUGCAGCUGAAAAGUACUGUAGUCUUGUGCCAGCAAGAAAACCGAAGGUGUUCAUUUAAACCAAAUGACUUAUUUAAGACCGCCAAUAUAAUCUUUUAUCCA